AUGGCGGAAGCUGCUUCAGCCGUGCCAACCUUCAAGCUUGUGCUGGUUGGUGAUGGUGGCACAGGAAAGACCACCUUCGUCAAGCGCCAUCUGACUGGAGAGUUUGAGAAGAAGUACAUCGCCACUCUCGGUGUCGAAGUUCAUCCUCUAGGGUUCUCAACUAACCUUGGCCAAAUUCAAUUUGAUGUCUGGGAUACGGCUGGACAAGAGAAGUUUGGAGGUCUGAGAGACGGUUACUACAUCAACGGCCAGUGUGGCAUCAUCAUGUUUGAUGUUACCUCCAGAAUCACCUACAAGAACGUCCCCAACUGGCAUCGUGAUCUCGUCCGUGUCUGCGAAAACAUCCCCAUUGUCCUCUGCGGAAACAAGGUCGACGUCAAGGAGCGCAAGGUCAAGGCCAAGACCAUCACAUUCCACCGCAAGAAGAACCUCCAAUAUUAUGACAUUUCGGCCAAAUCCAACUACAACUUCGAGAAGCCUUUCCUCUGGCUCGCUCGAAAGUUGGUCGGCAACCCUCAACUCGAGUUCGUCGCGGCUCCAGCUCUCGCACCUCCCGAAGUCCAGAUCAACCAGCAGCUACUUGAUCAGUACCAGAAGGAGAUGACCGAGGCUGCCGCAAUGCCUCUGCCGGAUGAGGAAGACGCCGACUUGUAG